CCUCUCUUCUUCUUGCAGGUUAAGUCCAUCCACAGUAAUGGCCGCGGCCUUACCCAGGACCCUGGGGGAGUUGCAGCUGUAUAGAAUAUUACAAAAAGCCAAUCUGCUUUCUUACUUUGAUGCCUUUAUUCAACAAGGUGGCGAUGAUGUGCAGCAACUCUGUGAAGCCGGAGAAGAGGAAUUCUUGGAAAUCAUGGCACUUGUGGGCAUGGCUAGCAAACCCCUUCAUGUUCGAAGGCUACAGAAGGCUUUGAGAGACUGGGUUACAAACCCCGGCCUUUUCAAUCAGCCGCUGACUUCCCUGCCUGUCAGUAGCAUACCCAUCUAUAAGUUACCAGAGGGGUCACCAACGUGGCUGGGAAUAUCCUGCAGCAGUUACGAAAGGAAUAGCAAUGCCCGGGAACCUCAUUUAAAAAUCCCCAAGUGCGCUGCCACCACCUGUGUGCAGAGCCUGGGACAGGGGAAAUCCGAUGUGGUGGGGAGCUUAGUGCUGCACGGUGUCGCCGAGUCCAGACUCUGGCAAGGCCACCAUGCCACCGAGAGCGAGCACAGCCUCUCCCCAGCCGACCUGGGCUCCCCAGCUUCCCCGAGAGAAAGCAGCGAGGCGCUGGAUGCCGCCGCCGCGCUCUCUGUGGCCGAGUGUGUGGAGCGGAUGGCCCCCACACUGCCGAAAAGUGACUUGCAUGAAGUGAAAGAGCUGCUAAAAACCAACAAGAAGUUGGCCAAAAUGAUUGGUCACAUCUUUGAGAUGAGUGAUGAUGAUCCACACAAAGAGGAGGAAAUUCGAAAAUACAGUGCAAUAUAUGGCAGGUUUGACUCAAAGAGAAAGGAUGGGAAACAUCUCACGCUUCAUCUUUAA